UCGCUACUGCUAGUGCUAGUCCGCUGCCCACCCUGCCCUGUCUGCCUCCUCACCUCAGCGGUCAAGUCAGGUCAGGUUGCGGUGUUGGGUGCCAAACAUUGUGCUGUAGGGAUAGUGACCACAACUGGCGAGCGAUACUGGUGGUGGUGAUCAUAGUGGUGUGUAGUGUUGUAUGGUUAGUGACAAGUGGCACUCGUGAUGGUGCAACGCGGGUCACAAGUGAUGCCAGGGCACAUGGUGGCGGUCAAGUGUGAGUACUCCCCGCCCCCCUACACUCUGCCCCUGCACCACACCUCCGAGGUCUCCUCGUUCACCACUCCUCCCGUCGCCACCUCUGCCUUCUCCUCCCUCAUGGCCGACAUGAGUCCGCGAAGCUCGUGUGGCGGCCACGAGUCUUACACCACAUCUGGGGAGGACGAGCCAAGGGGCCGCAAGAGACGCCUGGAGGAGGAGAGCGAGGAGGCACGGCUGGCCAAGGCCAGGAAGAAGUCUCCCCAGAGCUACGAAGAACUUCAACAGGCAAGGGUGUUGGCCAACGUGAGGGAGCGACAGAGGACACAAAGCCUGAACGAGGCCUUCACCUCCCUCAGGAAGAUCAUACCGACGCUGCCCUCAGACAAACUCUCCAAGAUCCAGACGCUAAAACUUGCCAUCCGCUACAUAGACUUCCUGUACCAGGUGUUGGACACCGACGUGCACGACCAGCGGCUCUCCUCCUCCUGCACCUACGUCGCCCACGAGCGCCUCAGCUACGCCUUCAACGUGUGGCGCAUGGAGGGUGCCUGGGGCGGCCACCUAUAAUACCGAUGCUGACCACUGCGGAGGGACCAAGCCGGAGUGACCCAGCCUGGUGUGUGUGUGUGUGUUGAGGAG